AAGCAUGAAACGAGAACCUUGCAGUGACAAUGAAGAUAACCUCAUUGCAGUUCCUGGAGAUCUUGAUAGAAUCAAAUGUUGAGAUUGGAAGCUGGCGUGGACGGGAUCAUUCAUCUUUAUACUGAUGAGCUAAUGCAUCCAGCUGGAAGCCUGGAACUAGUGAGUAUUCUUUAUGGAGACUUUUGGCAGAUAUACCUGAAGAUGUUGACAUGGUCAUAUUUCCUAACUAUUGUUGAGAGAGAUGAUGUGAAAGAACCUUUUAGUGAAGUCUCGAUGUUCAAGAAGAAUUAUGACCAUCUCACAAAAGAAAUGUACUUUGGAAACUACAAGGAAGCAACUCGUGGGAAAUGGAGGUGAUCAAAUUUGAAGGGUCGCCACAAGUCAAUUUGAUCUCAUUGAAGUGGAAGUGGAAGUGGAUAGUGAAGAUUUUUUGAACUAUUGUAAAAAUUUGAAUACAUUAUAUUUGAUUUUGUGAAAUAUAUUCAUUGCUAGAAUAUAUGUUGAACUAUUUUGUACACAUAUUUAGAAUAUUGCUUUAUAAGUAUGUGUAUGUACACAAGACAUACUAUCUUUUGAAGUUUAUUGCAAAUCUAUAUAUUUGAAUUACUUAUUA